UCAGGUCGGCCUUUGUAAAGUAGAGAAAAAAAACACGAUUUAUUUUGUUUUGUUAUUCUUUUAAUUUAAUAGUAAUUUUUUUUACUUGUCUUUAUUUAUUCGCGUUUAAUAGAUGAUUGGUUAACUUAUAUACACAUGAGUGUAUUCUAAAUCGAAUUGAUUGUGAAUUAAACAAGUAACAAAAUACGAAAUCGUAAACAUCCAAAAUAACUCUUAGAGAAAAUGGGUAUAUGCUCUAAAACGAAAUUACAAAUACUAUGUGUUUUGUUGAGUGCAGUAUUAGCUUUUUUGACUACAGCUAGGGCAAAACCAACUUUAUCAUUUCAAUUUCCACAAAGUUUUUCUUCAUUUACAUCACUAACUGAGCAAUUUGUUAGAAAACGAAGUGCCACCCUAAUGAAAUCAUAUAGUGGGAGUCGUAUAAGCAAUGAUUCGCUCAUAAUGAUCUAUCAUCAUGACAGGACGGUUGCUGUUACUGAAUUGGGACCAAAUAAAUUACUUUUAGGCUGUGAAUUAAUAGAAAUUUACAACGAUGAUGACGGCAAAACACUGUUAGAUAAUUUAGCUAAAUUAAAUCGACCUUUAGAAAUUUCAUUUAAAGAAAUGUUAAAAUUAAUGGAUCAAUGUGAUACAAUUGAUAAAAUGCAUGCGGAAGCAAUGAUCAGAAGGACAAAUCAAAAUAAAGAUGUUGAAACCACAGGUAUAAUACCAAGCAGCCCAUUUGUUAUAUUUUCUGGGAUAAUACCAGGUACAAAAUGGUGUGGAGCUGGUGAUGUUGCCAGAAAUUAUUACGACUUAGGUCAAGAAGAACAAAUGGAUAGAUGUUGUAGAACGCAUGAUUUAUGUCCGAUCAAAGUCAGAGCAUACCAGCAACGUUAUGAAUUGAUGAACGAUUCUGUUUAUACAAAAUCACAUUGCACUUGCGACGAUAUGCUUUAUUCAUGUUUAAAAGACACAAAUACAACAGCUUCACAAGUAAUGGGAUCAUUUUAUUUUAAUAUUAUACAAGUUCCUUGCCUUCAGAUGACAAAUAGUGGUUAUGAAUUUCGUGGACCUAAAAAUUUUUAAGCACUGAUUUUAAUAAUUAUGAAAAAAUAUUUUAUUAUUAUACACAAGUCUCAGUUAUUUUUGUUCUUAAUCAAAAAUAGUUCUCUAUAUUAUAGACUACACAUUUCCAUACAUGUUUGUAUGUAUGUAUAAAAUUGAAUCAAAGUUUGACGACUUUUUAUUUUAACUUUUUUCAGUUGUUAAAUUAAAAGUAUUUUAGUUUAAGUUAUUAUUAUUGCAUUAUUAUAAAAUUAUAAAUUAUGUUAUCGCAUUUAGCUUUAAUUAAUUUAAACAACAGAAAAAUAGUUACUAGCAAUUAAAAAUAUUUUAAGGGAUGUAAAAAUUGCAAUGAUAUUUUUGGAGGAUAGAAAAUAGGUUCUCUUAGUAUAUCAUUAUAAAGGUUGUAAAAGAAUAAUGAAGAUUGUUUUUAAUUUAUUUGUAAAUAGUAGUAAAUCUUUUAAAUAUAAA